AUGGACGCCUCAGGGCAAAUGCUCAAAUGGGCGGCAGAGUUGAACAUGUUUGAUCUUACUUUUGAGCCCGUAAAGGCGAUCAAGGGGAAGGCUUUGGCCGAUUUUAUAGUUGAGCUUACGCAGCCAACAAUAGAACCUAUAAUAGAUACAGCUGAAGGAAGGAAGCACUGGACUAUCAUGGUAGAUGGAUCUUCUACCGUCAAUGGUGUGAGCUGGGAUAAAAAUGUGCAAGGUGCCAGAGUUUUAGAAAUUGAGGCGAAGUCAGACUCUCUGUUAGUUGUCAAUCAAGUUAAUGGAGAUUUUGAAUGUAAAGAGGCAUCUAUGAGCAAAUAUAUGCUCCUGAUAAAAGAUGAGGUUGUACCCUUAAAGCGAGAAGAUGGAUUGGAGGUAUUGAAGGAGCUCCAUGAAGGAGCUUGUGCUUCUCACAUAGGGGGAAGAGCAUUAGGGGAAAAAGCCUUAAAGAUUGGGUAUUACUGGCCUACCUUAAAGGAAGACUCCCUUGUGUAUGCCAAAAAGUGUGAUAGUUGUGAGAAGCACGGUAAUAUUCACCAGAAGUCGUCCAAUUAUUUGACUCCAGUCUUGUUCCAACUUCCUUUUGCCAAAUGGGGUAUGGACAUUCUGGGACCUUUUCCUAUGGCAGCUAAUCAGUAA